AGUGUUCCUAAGCUCUAGUAGCUUUCUUUCUAGUUCUGUCCAUUAUUCUCAACUCUCCAUCGAAAUCUUCUAAGGUAAACCAUCAUCCAUUUCGAGUCGAAGGCUUUGUGACAGAGGUAUUGAAGAGAGUAUAGGUUUGAUUGGCAGCUUCAGCCUUCAUUCCUUGCAUCUUUCCUUCUUCUUCAUAAAACAGCUCAACUUUGUACUUCUUUUUAUCACCACUAGCUUUGUUUGCUUUGCAUUCUCUUUUUCUUGCUUAAUUUCUUCCAAAGGCAUCUACAUUUUGCGAUUUCGUUAAUCCUUUUCGGGGAUGGAUCGAGUCAACAAAUUAGCCUCCCAAAAGGCAGUGGUGAUCUUUAGUAAGAACUCAUGCUGCAUGUGUCACACCAUCAAGACACUCUUCUCUGAGCUUGGGGUUGGUGCAAACAUUCAUGAGCUAGACGAGGACCCCAAAGGGAGCGACAUGGAGAAAGCAUUAGCUAAGAUGGUGGGCCGCAAUCCUCCUGUGCCUGCAGUGUUCAUCGGUGGCAAUUGGGUCGGACCGACCGACAAGAUCAUGGCCCUUCAUCUCAGUGGUAAACUGGUUCAACUGCUCCGAGAAGCAGGUGCUAUCUGGCUCUAGUAUCAUGUGAAAGAUGCAAAUGGCUCCAACAUCAUAUUAUCGAUGUUUACCAGAGUUCUUGGCUUUUUCUUUCAAAUGAAGCAGGGAAUAUAAACUAUAGAGUCUUGAUAGUUAAUUUGGGUAUAUAUGGUUGAGAUACAAACCUACAAGGUGGUGUUUCUAGUCUUUUAUCAUGUAACUAAGAUAAGGAGCCAUGUUUUCUUCUCCACCUGGUGGCUUGAGUCAUGUCUGCAGUCUUUUGCUUGUUGUGCACUGUGCAUUGUUCUCGACUUUAGUACUUGGUGUUAGCAAUGAAUUAUCAAGUUAAUGCACCUGC